AUGCCAGUUCGAUCAAAUAAAUAUAAUUUAAGACCAUUCAAAGAAGCUCCAUUAUCAAAAACAAAUAUAAAACCAGUUGAAUUAGAACAUUUAGAUUUAUCAUUAUAUAAAGAAGGACCAGAAAAUUUAAAUGUAAGAAAAGAAUUAGCUUCAAAAAUUGAGAAAUCAUUAUCAACUUAUGGAUUUAUAUCAGUAACAAAUCAUGGGUUUGAUCUAUCCAAGAUAGAAUUUUUAAAAUCCGUAGCUCAAUCACUUUUAGAAUUACCAGUUGAAGAACAAAAAGAUUAUUUAGCAGGAGCUUGGAAAUCUGAUUUAGAAGAUAGAACAAAAAGUUCAGGAGGUGAAAAUGGUUCAGGUUUUAAACCAAAACAAUAUUGGUCAAUGAGAAAUGGAGUUGAAGAUUCUAUAACUCAUUAUAAUUUAAAUAAUUUAAAUCAUUCAAGUUUAUUUGAUACUAAAGCAAAUAAUUAUCCAGAAAUUAUUAAAGAAUAUUUGGAAGAAAUUGCAGAAUAUUAUAGAUUUUUACAUGGUGAUACCCUUAGAAAAAUAUGUAAUUUAACUGAUUUAGCAUUAGAAAUUCCUGAAGGAUUUCUUUAUGAAAAUUAUUUUUCAGUUAUUGAUGGAGAUUAUCAAAAUUCAGGUGGUGGAACAGGAAGAUUUAUGAUGUAUGAAGCAAUGGAUCCUGAAGAUCAAAUUAAAACUGAAAAUACUUGGUUAAGAGGUCAUUCAGAUAGUGGUGGUUUUACAUUUAUAACAUCUCAACCUAUUUUAUCAUUACAAAUUAGAAAUUAUUUUACUGGUGAAUGGAAUUAUGUUGGUCAUACCCCCAAUGGACUUAUUGUUAAUAUUGGAGAUGCAAUGGAAUUUAUAACUGGUGGAUAUUUUAAAUCUUCAAUUCAUAGAGUUGUAGCACCACCAGAUGAUCAAAAAGAAUAUAAAAGAUUAGUAUUAAUAUAUUUUUCAAAACCAAAAAAUACAUCAAUAAUUGAUCCAGAACCUUUAAAUUCCCCCAAAUUAAAAAGAUUAGGUUAUAAUAAACCUGAAAUUUGGGACAAAAUCAAUUUUCAAGCUUGGAAUAAUGAAAAAGGUAGAUUAUUUGGUAAAAAAACUGUCAAUGAUACAGAUGGUGAUGAACCAAAAUUAGUUUUAAUGUAUGGUAGAUUACAUGAAAGAUGGCAUCAAGUAGAAUCAAAUUUUAGUGUUGAUGAAGCAAUUAAAAACUUUGAUGUUAUGAAAUUAGAAGAAUUAUAUACUUGA